UAUAAAGCAGGCCGGAUGUAAAUCUAACUCUAGUGUAAAUCACUCACCCAUAGAUCAAUAUUAGAUCUAUAUUAUAUCUGGAUCUACUAGAUUUCUAGACUCUAGACGUCUAUCUACUACAGUCUAGAAUAGAAGUCUAAAAAUGGAUGAAAUUGGAGAAAUUGAUUUUGAUUUAUCUGAAUGGAUGGUUCUUGAUGAUGGUGAGGAUGAUAAUGAAACUAACAAUGCUAUGUUAAAUAGCACAGAAACUGAAAAAGAUUCUACUUCAGUUUUAGCUAGUCCAUCGUCUGAGACCAAUGUAAAAAAUUCAGAGGCCAAAAAAGCUGACAGUAAAUUACAGAGCUCUGAUACAAAUGUUUCUUCAGUGAGCACCACACAGAAGAGCAGUCCAAAGCCAGCUAAAGGUGUGACAGUGCAGCCUAAAAAGGCAACAAUUUCUAAAAAUUCUACUACAGUUUUAGUCAGUCCAUUGUCUGAUACAGCUAUUAAGAAUUCAGAGUCAGAAAAAGACAUUAAAUUACAGAGCUCUGAUACAAAUCUUGCUUCAGUGAGCAUCAAACAGAAGAGCAGUCCAAGGCCAGCUAAUAGUGUGACAACGCAGCCUAAAAAGGCAACAAUUUCUAAAACUUCUACUCCAGUUUCAGCCAAUCAAUUGUCUGAUACAGUUGUCAAAAAUUCAGAGGCCAAAAAAGAUGAUGGUCAGUUACAGAGUUCUGAUUCAAAGCUUGCUUCAGUGAGCACCACACAGAAGAGCAGUCCAAGGCCAGCUAAUAGUGUGACAACGCAGCCUAAAGAGGCAACAAUUUCAAAAGAAUCUACCGAAGUUUUAGCCAAUCAAUUGUCUGAUAUAGUUGUCAAAAAUUCAGAGGCUAAAAAAGAGGACAGUAAAUUACAGAGCUCUGAUUCAAAUCCUGCUUCAGUGAGCACCACACAGAAGAGUAGUCAAAGACCAGCUGGUAGUGUGACAACGCAGCCCAAAAAUGCAACAGUCUUACCAAAAACCACCAUUCCGAUUGGAAAGGAUGGUAAAGAUUCUUGUCAAGUUACAGAAAAGGUUCAAGCUAUAGUCACUCAACCUAAACCACCCACAGCAAAGUCUAUAAAAAGCCCUAAAGUGCAGACCAGACCUAAUACAACCUCAUCUUCCAAUCUGAAUAAAGCAGCAGUUAGUAUUGCAUCAAUGCCAUCUAUUAAUGUUAAAGAAGUGACAUCAAUUUCAGAAUCUGGUACUUACAAAAAAGGUGAGAUUAAAACUCCUCAGAAGGCAAAUGCAGUGAAAGCAACAACAGACUUGGAAACAGAUAAAAAAGGAAGUGGCAUGAAAUCCUUAACUGUUACCUUACAGAAAUGUGAUUCAAAGAAUACUAAAACACAAAAGGCAUCAUCAAGUCCAGUGAAAGUACCCCCACUUGACACAGCAGUGGAUAAGGAAGGCUCUGCAAAAAAUUCUCCUGGAGUAUCUAAAAAAGAUGUAUCAGAAGAACCCAAGCCAAAAACCAUUACAUCAGAAUCAAAAACAAAUUUAAAAUCUGAUCUCUCUGUUUCUGCUUCCACUACCAAUACCUCUGUGAAGAUGGAUGCAAUUACCCAAACAAACACCAAAACAGUGCAUACUAAUUUCACAUCCAGCAACUCUAGUAAUAGUUCCACUAAAACAACCAAUGCUACAAAUAUGACGUCUUCACCAUCUGCGGUUGGUUUAACCUCGUCAAGUUCAUCAGAAGCACCUAAAAAAACAACAGAAAUCUCUAAACUAGUGAAAGGAGUAGUUGGAAGUAGCAACUUGCUUGGUUCUAAUCAGUCUAAUAAACAGCCUGAUAACAUCACACCAAAGUCACCUAAAAUAAAUAGUCCUCAAUCCACUUCACUCAAGCAGACCCCUAAAGCAGAAAAUACUGUCAUGAAAAAGAUCCAACCAAAAUUAACAGAAUCAUCCUCUAAGACCAUGGGUAGUGUAGAUGUCGGGGAUAAAAUAAACAAACCCAGUCCACAGGCACCAGGUAAAUCUUCUGCACAGUCUAAUACAGCAAACAUUGAUUCAAAAAGCUUAGCUGCUGUAAUGUUGUCAGUGGAAAAAAAAAAUGCCCAGGCCACUAAUGAAACUUUAGAUGCUGGAAAAAAAUCAGAAGUUUUGGGGACAAAGCGAGAGAUGCCCAGAUCUGAUACAGAACCAGUUAGAAAAAAAACUAAAUUAGAAGAGCAGACAUCAGAUGGUGCAGUGGAGAAAAAUGAACAUCCCCAAGAUUGCAAACAGGGAUCACAUACUCAAUCACCUGCUCAGUCUAACACUAUGAAAAUCGAUUCAACAAGCAUAGCAGCUGCAAUGGUGUCUGUGGAGAAAAAAAAUGCCCCAGUGACCUAUCAAACUUUAGAAGCUGGAAGAAAAUCUGAUGUUUUGGGGAUAAAGCGAGAGAUGGCGAAAUCUGAGGCAGAACCAGUCAGAAAGAUAGCUAAAUUAGAAGAGCAGGCAUCAGAUGGUACAAAGGACAAAAAGGAUGAAAAUGCUCCUGAAUUCAAACAGGCAUCAGUUAAUCAAUCAGCAAAUCUUGCAGGACCUCAGUCAAAAGCUUCAGCCAAGCGUAUUGUUCACAGGUUUCAUAGAGCCACCCAAACUGUGUCUCAGCAGCUGGACAAACCUGUCCAGUGUAGUUUGAUGUGCCAGCCCCAAUUGGUGGGUGUGUGUGUGCAGGCUGGAUCGCCAAACAAACCUAGCUGGCAAGAUGAGGUGCGCUUCAUCAGAACACUUCCAGACUCAGUCUACCCUAGCAUAUUCAAAAUGGUGUCAGAGUUUAACAUUACCAAAGUGGCGGUACAAAAUAUUCAUUCAGAGAUCACUUCAUACAAGUUUGGCAUCAGAAUGGGUCGUUUAGCUGCCGCCCAUGUGAUGAAGGACCCAUUUAAAGAGAACAUUGUGUUCAAAGCCGAUUAUUUCAAGACCUACUUUGAAGGAUUAGAAACUGGCGUUGUUGACCUGCAUGUGAAUGACCAAGAGAAUCUUCUCAAUAUAAUAUCUCAGUUCAGAAAGACAACUAUUGGCCCUCGGCAUUUAGUAGUGACAAUAUCAAUGAGAUUGGAUGAAGAUGAAAGAGACCCUUUAUGCCCUUUGAAUGAUGUCAAAUGUACUAUUGUGUUUGACAGAUUUUUUGCAACAUCAACAUUUUAUCGAGAGGGUAAAGAUCCUGCUUGGAUGAGACCCAAAGCAGUGGAAUCUGUCAGCUUUCACAAUGUUCCUGGAGGAAUACCAUUAAGUUUCUUGAAGAUUCUAGUCCCUGAGGCCAUCACUAUACAAUUAACACCUGACAAAGACAACAAGUUUACCAAAAGUGGCAGAAGGAUCAUCAUGAACUUUGCCAAAAAGGCUGGUGAGCAUUUUCUACAGCUGUUUUCUCAGAUCUACAUCAAUAAUGAGUGUGUGAUUGCCACUCUUGGUUUGACGCAGCCCAAGCAGGUCCCUGAGUUAGCUGACAUAGAAAAAGCUAAAGCCAACUGGCUUAUAGAAAUGGAACAGUUUCCAGACCCCUGUGUUUGUGUCCGAGAUGAUGCUCCAGUCACAAGAGAUGUUGCAGAAAAACAAAGCUCAAUGGCUCAAAGAAAAGAACCAAUAGAGGUUUUUGCCAGUAGACAUGAUACUUCACCUGAUGCUGUUGAAAGGAGCUCUGAUGUAGGAGGUGACUUGGAGAAAGCAUUCUCCAAUGUCUCUGCAGAUCUAUCUGAUAUCUCAGACACUUCAGACAUGGAUGGGCCCACUCAGAAGAUUACUAAAGUGGCCCUGAAGAAGAGCAGCACCAAAAAGCAGUUGGAUAGUCUGAGAUCAACGCUAAAAUCCCUGUCUAAACCCUCAGUGGAAAAGUCCAAAAAACAACAGGCCAGUCACAAGGUUUUAAAGGGUGCAAAGACACUGAAGUCUAGUACAGCCCUCAAGUCAAGACGAGAAGGGACAUCCAGGUUACAAAGAGAUGGUACAAAAUUAAAUGCAACACGUCCACACAGAUCAUUUGAGAGAGGUCAAGAACGGAGUCCCAGAGAGAAACUUGAUGUUUCUCACAGGUUAAAUAGGAGCAUAGAGCCUAUUCGUCGCCAAAACAGCAACAGGUUAAUGGGUAAAGAUGUUGGUAGCCAAGAUCGAGUGAGACAAAUCAGAGGCCAGAGAGAGAAGGUAGACAAACUGAAAACUCCUGAAAAUGAAAGACGUUCCAGAAUAGAUAGUGUUAAACCUAGGUAUUCCAGAGAUCACAGUGAACAUAGGAGUCAGACCAGUUACAUCACAGGUAAUGCUAGAGCUGUUGAGAGAGAGGAGAGAAGAAAGGAUAGGUCACUAAGUACUGAGAGACAAAGAAGAGCUUGGUCAAGGAGUCCAGUAAGACAAGCCAGGAGAGUCAGGUCCAAGAGUCCAGUUAGACAAACUGAGAGAGUCUGGACCAAGAGUCCAGUUAGACAUGUGAACAGAGUGUGGUCCAAAAGUCCAGUUAGAAAAGUUGGACGAGGAAGAUCUGCCAGUCCAAGGCGAAGGUCACCAGCAAGCCAUCUUCAGUAUGGGAGACUCCCAUCCCCUGUGCAUAAUUUGCGCAGGGUCAUAAUACGAAAGUCCUUGUCACCAUUUCGACGCUCACAAGAUCAACAGUUUGUGAGACGGGGGGAGGAAAUUUCUAAAUCUAGGCUGCCAGCAGCAUCAACACCCCGAGAAUAUGGUAAACAAAAUCUGUCCCCCAUCAGUGCUGGGGAUGACAUGGAUAUGGCCGAACCAGAGGGAGGCGUAUGGCUACAACAUGCUCCUGGUCACUCUGAAGUGUCAAGGUCUCAGAAUAUUCAAAUUCUUUCUGGAAGAAUGACAAGAGAAACUGAUCUGAGGAAACCAAUGUCAGGUGCAUCAAUAAUGAAAAAUUUGGUAACUGAGUCUGCUGAUAAUGUACAAAAAGACAGGGCCCAGGAAAACAGAGAACUGCUCACCAAAAUUAUGGAACAGAUGAAAACUGUGAGUAAUGUUCAGUUUGGUGACCCAAACCUGACCAAGGCCAUUGAAGUCUCAGCCCAGAUUCUAGAGACAAUAAAAAAUGCUCGUCCUGCUCCUAAAGCAGCAAGUAAUGAAAGCAGAGCUCUUCCUGACUCGGGUAUGAAGUCCUCAGAUACUUCUAGCCAGGGUGUCAAAAAGUUGGAGCCAUUUCAAGGCUAUGUAGGUGAAGGUACUAGAGGAAGUCAGUCAAGCAGACCCUCAGAGAAUUUGUUAGGGUUUGGCCACAGCAAUUUAAGCAACAGGUUCCCCGGGCUGUCGCACCAGCAGCAGCGUCCACUGCACCCAGGCAUCAUGUCCAAUUCAAACAUUCGUCUGCCCCCGCCAAUCCCUCCACCUGUGGUGCCACCAAUGUUCAACAAUAAUACAAUGUUCUCCUCCCAGGACAGGCUCUCUCAGAUGGAGGCUCUUGCCCAGCAGCUAGCCAGCGACAUACAGAAACACCAGCAGCAACCAUUGAUGGGGGGGCAGCCCAGGUGGAACCAGCCUCAGCAGCCUUCCAACCCCAACUCCAUGCAGGUGAUGGGGCCCUCCAUGCAGGGGCCAAAUGUGAACUCUAUGCUCAACAUUAUGUCUCAGAGCUUGGGAGCUCCUCAAAUGAACCAGCAGCGGCCUAUGGCACCCCCUAACAACAUGAGAGGGAUGAAUCAACAGUGGCCAUCUCACAACUUUUUUUAAGCUUCUAUUGGCUGGUUUUGUAAAUAAGUUGUCAAGAAUCAUUGUUUUAAGUCCAAUUGUGUGUUCAGUGUAACCUAAUCACAAACUGACAUGUUCAAAUAUAUGUGAUCAUCUUUCUUCUGUCUAUUUCUUUAACAUUUUCAAUAAAUUUCAUUGCUAUGAAACAGAACAACAGACAUAAUGACAUUUAUCAAGAACUUCAGUUCAUUGUUUUUGUAAGAUUUGGGCAAUGGUCACUUCACUCACUUUACGCUCAAACUCUUCAUUUUAUAAUUUUCUUUUAUAAUAUUUUUUUAAACAUAUUUUUUUAUGUUAUUUUCUAUUUUAGUUUGACAUCCUUUUUGGAGAUUAAUAAUGAAGCUGUUAUAAUGGUGUGUUAUUUAGAUCUAUAGAACUCAUUUUGAUAAUGAAGCUGUUAUAAUAGUGUGUUAUUUAGAUCUAUAGAACUCAUAAAUGACUGGCACAAUUUAAACAGUAAAAUCUAUGUUGUGUAUCCUGGACAUAAAUGUAGCUUUAGGAUUAUUUGAGUGAUGGAUUGGUAAAUUGACUGUACAAAGUUACUACUGAUCUUCCUAACUGACAGUAAAGAGGGUUUAAGUACAUGCCUUUUUUUUUAAGUACUGAUAGUGUGUUUUAGUGACUAAGUUGGCCAUCCUUUGGUCAUUGUGCUGGCCACAAAGUUGUUUUCUAAAUACAGAACUAUGUAAAACUUAUUGUCUUUAGUCUCAAAGUAACACUUUUCAAAUGCCUAGACUUCAUGUCAUCCUGGUACUUGACUACUCUUGUAUAUUGUACUGUUCACUCUUAUGUUGAAAAUUUUAACUUUGAGAAUGUCAAAUCAACAAUUUCUUGAUCAUAUCCUAUUAAAUUUUUCUUCCAAUAA